UCUCCUUUCUGGAACAGGAAAAUGGAAGAUAAACCGACCAAGAAGGUCCAGACAAAGAAUAAGGCUCCAAAAAAGCCUACCAAGAAGAAGACCAACCCCCCCGGGUUAUUUAACUUGGAUGAUGAUGAGUCGGAGGAUGACGCGGAAGGCAGCCACGCAGAUGGUGAAGAGAAACAACAGCAUGAAGCUCGCCGCACAACCUGGAACAACGACGGUGGGGUUCUCUCUUCCGGCUUACCCAACACGCCGGUUCCACACAAGCGCCAUCCAGAGGGAACCUCUCACUCGUCAUCAGGCGAUUCCACUGGGACUCAAGUUCCUUUGUUCAAGACUGUUCCUGGCAAGAAGCUGAAGGUUAAUAAACCGUCUGAAGAUCCCAAGGUGGCUGACCUGGAAAAGCAUACAAUGUCUGAAUCUUUGCCUCAAGCGUCAGAAGCAGCCAUGGAUGACCCGCCACCAGAAGAGCACCCUGUCACCAUGGACCCCAUCAACAUUGAUCCAUAGAACGCUAAGCCGCCCAGCCCCGCUUAGCCGGUUCAAGAAACUGAAGAUGUCAUAGUUAUUGGGAUGACUUUCACAGCACCAGGUAACCCUACCGUCUUGUCCAAGCACAACGCCAAAGAGGAAUUCUCCGCUGUUGACAAAGGCAAGUGGAAGCUGGAUCCGGAGAGCUUUGCUUAAUUCAACGCCCAGGAGCUUCACGCGGGUUACUUGAACCACCUCCACACCAGCCGUGACUUUGAAGCCGGCUUGGUUAAUCUCGUGAAAGAUCGUUUUGAGGCUGGACUAAAUAUGAAGGAAUACCAAGUCAAUGAUUUGAGGCAAAACAUUCAAACCCAGCAAUCAGAGACUUCCAAGGCCAAAUCAGAGCUGAAGACCACAUUGGAAAACGUUGAAAAACUAAAAAAGGACUUCAGCGCUGAGAGAACCAGCUGGGAGACCGAGAAGGCAGCUCUAUUGAAAAGAGCAUAAGACGUCGAGGCUGCCCUUAAGACGGUAGCUGACGAGUUGUCCGUCUUAAAACAUCAAAUCAACAACAUGAUAGCAGCCAUCUUUGGUUCCAGAAGCUCCAAGCUGGGCGAUGAUAUGCGCAUAAAGCUGAAAGCUGUAUAUACCCUUGUGGAGCAGUUGUACACUGGUGCUCAACGGGCUAUUUUUGCUGCCUUGCAUAAGAAGCAAGCACCUUUGCUCAUCAAGGAAGUGAUGGAGAGACUGUCUGUGCUACCACAAAGGGUGGAAGAAUUAAAGCGAUCAGCCGCUAGAGCCGAUGCCAUCACUGCUUUGAGCCGGGCAAAGGAGUGGCACGCUGAACUUGACCCAGAAGAGAUAGCAACCGGCUGUCCCAGUUUAAAAGAGGAUGGGUCUCCCUUUAGCGCUGAUGACUUCACUAAAAUAGAAAGAGAGAUGCGUCCUUGGGCAAGCAAAUUGGCUGAGGAAACUGAUCUCUCCAAAUAUCAUUUGGUUUAUGACGCUGAAAAUGCCAAAGUGAAGGUACCAGCUCAUGAGGCCAUGGACCUUAUCCCGCCAACACGUAAGCACACCUUCGCUCCUGACAUUGACCCGUCAACCCUUAUAGACGAUGAAGCUGUUUUCAAAGCUUUGACUGGGAUCGAUUGGUCAUCGCCUAACUUCCAAACAACGGAGGAAGAAGAAGAGCCAGCGCAGGAUGACCCGGAAGCCUCAACCUGCCAAGACCAGGAGUCUUGACCCUUGAGCCUGUUUACCAGCCACAACAUUUGGAUGCCGUGUGUCUCAAAACACUUAUUCUUUUGGGCCACAUGAUGCCUUGUAAUAGGCUAGUUGAAAACAAUGAUAUGCCAUGCCGUCGUGGAUGUUUAUUUGCAUAAUACUUUCG